AUGUCUGAGAAGCAAAAAACGCUAUUUUGCGGAGAUGUCAAUGGAAAUUUCAAUGCAUUAUUUUCCCGCGUUGAAACAAUUGUCAAGAAAUCAGGUUCAUUCGAUGUUCUAUUAUGUGUGGGAAAUUUUUUCGGUAACGAUAAUUCACAGUUAGAUGCUUACCGUAUGAGGACCAGGAAAGUUCCGGUUACAACCUACGUUUUUGGCCCAAGUGAUGUUAACCAUGUCAAGUAUUAUUGUGAAGAAGGAUCUGAAAUUGUCCCUAAUGUUAUUUACAUGGGAAGACGAGGCAUAUUUACCACAAGUUCAGAAGUUAAGAUUGCCUACUUAACAGGCCUGUCUAGACGAGAAUUAGGAAAGGAGAUCCCAUCAUGUACAUUUGAGCCAAGUGACUGCAGUGCAGUGAGAGAUGCAUGUUAUAGAGGACAAAGUGAAUAUAGAGGUGUGGACAUACUUAUAACUACUUUAUGGCCCACUGGCGUACAACAGGAUGAAUGCCAGAAGGCAGAAGUGAAUGAAGAUAAGCUAUCAAAUUUAAUAGCAUGGCUAUCAAUACAUCUUAAACCUAGAUAUCAUUUAGUGCCAACAGCAAACAAGUUUUACGAAAGACAACCUUAUAGAAACCAAGGAAUCCAUCAAGACUAUAAAGAAUGUGCAACAAGGUUCAUAGCAUUAGCCCCAGUAGGAAGCAAAGCUAAGGAAAAAUGGAUUUAUGCGUGCAGUUUGCAACCGAUUGCUAAAAUGAGGAUGACAGAUUUAUUGCAAAGUACCACGGAUGAGACAGAGUGUCCGUUUGACCCUGACUUGUUGAAACAACACCAACCCGGGAAAGUUGUUAAGGUAUCCGGUAAUGGACAGUUCUUCUUCAACAUGGACGCUUCGGAAGACGAUCACGGGAAGAGAAAGAGGUCAGGUGGAGAUAAUGCCGAGAGGAAACGGAGGGAUAUUGAUCCAGACACAUGCUGGUUCUGUUUGUCGUCUCCGUCGGUGGAGAAGCACUUGGUGAUCUGCGUGGGCAGGCACUGCUACUUGGCCCUGCCCAAAGGCCCACUCACGCCCUUCCACGUGCUGAUCCUGCCCAUUGCCCAUCAUCAGUCUGUUACGAAGUCACCAGAGGAAGUUGUCAAGGAAAUUAAACAGUUCAAAGAUACGCUUAAGAAGUUCUACGGCUGCAUGAACAACGUGGGCGUGUUCUUCGAAAGGAAUUACAAGACGUCUCACAUGCAGAUUCAAUGCGUGCCCCUCCCUAAACGAUGCGAAUCGCAAAUACUUGAGGUGUUUCAGGAUGAGGCAGGCAUAAAUCGUAUAGAACUGGAAGUUCUUCCGCCCUAUACGGAGAUAUCUCAAGUGGCUUUGCCCGGAAGUCCAUAUUUCCACGCGGAGCUUCCUUCCGGCGAACACGUGUAUGCCAAACCGAAGCAGCACUUUCCGUUGCAGUUUGGAAGGGACGUGCUAUCAAGCCCCCCUCUAUUGGACUGUGAGGAUAAAGCAGACUGGCGUCAAUGUCUUCUAAGUAGAGAGGAAGAAGACUCUCUUGUGGCCUCCUUCAGGGAGAAGUUCAGACCAUUUGACUUCACGGCAGAUGAGGACAGUGAUAGUGACUAA